GUACAUACAGUUAUUGACAGUAAUUUAUUUACAACAAUGUGUUGAAAAGAGUGAAAAAUUUUCUUGCACGUGUGCCUUAGUAAUUUUGUUAAUAGAAAUUAAAAUUAAAUUUUGGUGAAUAGAUUCUUUUACAAGUGAACUUGAUGGGCUCCACUCGUUUCUUUGUGGCUAAUUUGCCACCUAAUGCAACGGAGCGACAAGUGCGUGACGUUUUUCAGGAUUACGGCAUUGUUGAACGUGUUGAGUUGAAGACGAAGGAGAACGCAUUUGAACCCGAGAAUGUUAAAGUGAUAGCGUUUGUAACGCUACAAAUUCAUCCGAAUGAUGUAAACAAUUGCGUGGAUGACCUUAAUUGGGUAAAGAUACAAGGAGCUCAAAUCAAGGUAUCGGUGGCGAAGGAAUCGUUCUUGGAACGUCUGAAACGUGAACGUGAAGAGGCUGAGAAAGGAAAGACGGCUGAUACAAACGUUAAUUGGAAUGAAGAGCAGGCAGAAUCCAUACUUCCGCUUAGCUCCGAGAAUACGCGAAAAAAGUUUACGGAGGAGGAUUUGACGGCGUUAGAAAAUGACGAUGAAAUCGGAGCACAUUUAUUGAUAAGCAAAAAACGUGCAUCCACUUCAUUGCAUAAUGGAAAGAUUGUUAUACAAAACUACGAUACGGCACCAUUGCAUAUCAUAGAGGGUGUGAAAAAGAAAAAGAAGAAGCCUGAUGGAACGGAAACUAUUUCGGAACAGAAGCGGAAGGAAUCCCAAAAUAAAAUGACAAAGCAAUACAAAGAUAAGAAGUCGGCCAUACAGCAGGCACUUUCUGGCAUGGAUGCACCUAAAGCAAAGAAAAUUAAAUUUAGCGAUGCUGAGGAAGAGGACGAACCAGCAGCAAAUACGAAUAAUUUAAAUCAAAAGUCCAAAACAAACAUUUUUGGUUCUGAUGAAGAAGAUGACAAUGAAGAUGAUGGACAGCUUCAACUAAAACCAGAACUUUUUGGCAAAAAAGGCGCAAAACUGGUAGAACUACAAAGCAAACAAAGUCUGGAUACACGUUUUCGCAUUGAUGCAAAAUUUGUCGAUGAUGAUGGAGAGGAAGAUCAGGAACAAGAUGAUGCAGCUGCCAAAACCAAAGAAAGUAAUAAUGAAGCGUCGAGCGAAUUAAACGAGCGGAGUUGGCAAAUGGGCAUAUUGGAACAGGUUGUAGGCACUAAAUUCGACACCGCCGACAACGCACAAAAAGCUGCGCGUAAGAAACGUAUGCUGCGCUAUGAUCCAUCCAAAGAAGAGCAUCAAAAAUUACUUCGUACCAGCAACAAAGAAGCACCGACAGAGGCCGAUGCAGAGUUCCAAACAACCGCUACCAAAAAGAAACAGAAGAAAAAACAAGCAGAAGUUGAAGAGACAACAGUGGCAGUCCUCGGACCAGAAGUGUCAAAAGAAGUGUUCUAUGUGGUAACCGAUACGCUGGCGGAAUCGCUUAAAACGCGCGGUGAUGGUUUCAGCUUGUUAAAUAUGUUCGGUAGUGCACAAGUGCAAGACAAGCGUGCUGAUGAGCUAAAGAAAGUAUCCGAUGCGAAGAUUCUGGUGAAUAAACUGGACAAGAAUGCAUUAAAUCUAUUCAAAUAUGACUCGUCAUCAGAUGAAGAGGGUGAAAAUGAGACGGCAAAGCAAAUUGCGACAAGCGGCAUGCAGAAGAAAGCAAAACAGCAAAAUAAAAUUUUAAUGGAAAGCUUCUUUAUACCCAGAAAUGAUGCACGAUUGAAAGAAGGCGCAAAAUUCUUCCGCUACGAGAAGAAGGACGCACCCGAGGAGGACUACGAAGCUGUGCGCAAUCGUUUGAAACUGUUAAUUAGAAGUAAAAUUAAUAAAACCAAGAAAAAUUUGGUUGCUAGUAGUGGCGGUGGGAUCGGUCACAAAAGGAGAAUAAAGUCGCGCCGUUAAACUGGCGAAAUUUAAAAA